CGUGAAUGAAGGUAUAUCCCCUUAAUGUUGCAAAAAUAUUUGCUAAUAAUUAUUAAUAAUCAUCUACGCGUUUGUUCAUAUUCAAUGUUACUGCGGAAACUAUCUAGUAAUCAUAAUUGUUGCUAUACAGAAAAAUGUGGAAGAGUGCAAUAAUUUUAAUAUUACCUGUGGCUUUCAUAGUUCACGGUCAGGACUAUGGCAAUUUGGAUAAUCUUGGUGAAAGAAUUUCUGCUCAAGUGAGGCACCAGCUGGCCCCUUUGGACGGACUAGGAGAGCGAAUCAAUGCUCAAGUUCAAAAUGAUUUAAGACCCAUGCAGGUUAAUCUGCAAAACAGACUAAGGGAUCUGGAGGGCCUUGGAGGUGAAAGAAUUUCUAGUCAAGUCAGGCACCAACUGGCCCCUUUGGACGGACUGGGAGAGCGAAUCAAUGCUCAAGUUCAAAAUGAUUUAAGACCCAUGCAGGUAAAUCUUCAAAACAGACUAAGCGAUUUGGAGGGCCUUGGAGAUCGAAUAAGCCAAAAAGUGCACCAAAACUUAGAACCAGUAAGAGCUAUAGAGUUAAAUUUCAAAAUGAAAGAUGGAGUUGGAGGUAGCACUAUAGCAACACAUAGUCCUGGAGGUCGCCAAUUUGUUAUUAAAAAUCACAGAACCUAUACUUGCGCUUCGCCAAUCGACCUUACAACAGGCCAAUGUAGUAAUUUAAUCUCAUUUAAAAUAACCCUCUCUAGCCCAAAAUCUGAUUGGUGCUACAUCCAAAGCUACAGCAUCAUCAACAAUCAAGUCUGCUUGAGCACAGGAAGUGUAUCAAUUCAAGCAUUCAACAACCAAGUGAAUUGCAAAAGUUUUUACGAUGAACCCUUGUUGAAAAUUGAUUUGGAAGAUUAUAAGAGGUUGUGUGCCGGUGUCAGAGAAAGCACCGAGUAUAGGUAUAUUCCGGAUUUAAAUGAUGAUAGGCAUGUGGAGAUUCCUAAUGAGAACAGGUACGUGAAAUGUGAGAAUCGGCAAAAGGAUUUGUGCGUUUUUCGCGAGAGGAAUGACUUGUUGGAUAGUGCAAUGAGUUCCGGUCCAGGUGGAGUUUUUAUACAAAGUCGUGUUAAUUAUUAGAAUUAUGUUGUAGUAAAAAUAUAUUAUUUUUUGAAGCUUGUAGUUUUAUUGAGCUCUAUAAGCUACUCAAAUUCAG